AUGUCUCUUGAUCACCGCAGCCCGCCAGAUCCGCCGCAGUUGGCGGCGGAUUCUUCGCAGGCCGACACGAGCAGCGCCGCUCCCAGCAGCGACUCUCGCAGCGCCUCGUUCGACACUCCCGAGGCCCAACGGGACGACGAUGUUGCUGAGCUGGCGAGCCGCAUUGCAGCGACUGGCGAUGCGGCGACCUCCGAACCCCCCUCAUCAAGGGAGAUUACGGGCGACGCGCGUAGCGGUUCGUCGUCUAAUAACCGUGCGACAAGAGAGGCUGCUUCGGCGAGCGAUCAACUGCGACCAACGAGGCGACGGGGAGGCUGGCUAAAAGCCGUCGCAGGGUUGCUCCUGCGCUCCCCGCUCGGGGCUCUCUGUCGCACACUCGGUCGCUCGGUCCGUCGCACAGUCGCCCGCGAUGGCGCCUUGAGCGUCGCCGUGAGUCGAUCCGUCGGCGGAGCCUUGAGCUUGUCGCGCGCCGCGACGUGGUUCGCGGUGCGAGUAGUAGCGAUUAAAUUGCUAAGGAAACCUGUACGCGCUAUAGGCCCGCCGCUACUGUGGCCCGCGCUGCACGUAGUGGCAAUAAUGCACCUGGAGGCGCGGCUCAGCGGGGGGAAGGGUGGCGGAAGGGCAGGGGGAGGGGGAACGGUGGGGGGAGAGGUGGUGGCGGGAAGGGGUGCGGGGAAAGAAGAGGAGGCAGAAGUGGUGCUGAGGGAAAUCGGGGGACCGCUGGAGAUGAUUGGUCGUGUUGUGACGGUGACACGUGGCGGGACGUGGAUGAUUAUGGAGACGUUCGCCGCGCCUCUCCUCGUCUCCACGCUCUCCGUCCUCGUGCCCUUCCUCCUCCCCGCGCGCCCCUCCUCCCGCGCGCCCCCCACGGAUCCUCCUCCCAUGCUCCCACCCCCGGUCGAGGCCCGCCCUUCCCUCUUAGAAGCACGCGCAACAGCACGCGCAUCAGCGCGAGCAGCAGCGGUAGCAGCAUCGCCAGAAGGAGCUGCAUCAUUGAGAGGGGCGUCAUCAGUGUCGGACUAUUCUCUUGACGGCUCUAUUGCGGCGUCUGACACUGCAUCAACAGCCUCCUCUGCCUCAUCUCGCCCUUCCACUCCGCCUCCCCGUGCUGCUGUUCUCCCCGCCCUCCCUUCCCCGCCCUCGCCCGUGCUCUCUCCUGCCGACCAAGUUUUGAUUCAAGACGUGCGAUCGGCGCUCGAAGAUGCUGACGUGGACACACAGGAUUGGCUGACGGACGACACAGUGCUGCGCUACGCAGUGCCAGGCAAGCGCCACGUGGCGUCAAUGGUGGAUAAGAUCCGCGCCACUGCCACGUGGCGCCGCUCCUUCCGCCUCCUCUCGCCCGCUGAAGUGCUCUGCUCCCCCUGGCGCCCGUUCGGCUACUGGCACGGCGCGGACGUGGACGGCAGGCCUUGUCUUGUUCUGCAUGUGGGGCGGGCGGCUAAGACCAUUCCGUCUGCUUUCCAUGCCGACUUUGUCUGCUACCUGGCGUCCCUAGUGAGCGCCGUAGCAGCAUCCCUCACCCUUGCAUGCCCGGACAGCGGGCGCAUCGCCGUCAUUCUGGACUGCCAGGGCGCGCCCACCUUGUGGCACUUGCCCGUGGGGCUGCUGCGCGCCACCAUCACCGCUCUGCACCGCAACUUCCCCCACCGCAUGGCCCGCCUGCACGUGCUGCACCUGCCGGCCACACUCCGCCUCCUGGCUCGCGCUAUGCUGCAGCUGCUGAGCCCAACCACGCGCAGCAAGAUACAGAUUAUUGGUGGCGGAUCUUCUGCCACGUCAUCACUCUCUGAUCUCUUUGGGCUCCACGUCAGCGUGCCAGCUAGGCUGGCAGGCGGCUGCAUAUGCGCUGUUUGCUGCGAGGAAGAAGCAGAGACAGUGGCAGAGGGGAAAGGAGUCCCCAGUGCGGAGCAGAGUCUCGGGGGGAGCGGGGGAGAAGCAGGGGCUGUGGCACAGGCAGGAGGAGCAGCAGAGGGUGCUUCAGCAGGAGCAGAGGCAGUCACAGACCCAACAUUAUCGUACCGUUCAAACUCGCUCCCACUGGAGGAGCACCCUUGUAACGGCGUAACCCAUCCCCUUACCUGCCUGUCUGCACCCCUGCUACCCUCCACCCCUCAGCAACCCUCGCCCCAGCAGUCACCACCCCUGCAUGUGUCACCCCGUCAGUUUUCGCCUAUGCGUCCCCGCCGCCGCUCCCCACUUGUCUGUGCUCUACGCUCGGGCAAAGGGCAGUCAGGAGCGCGGGGAGUAGAGUGGGCAGAGAGGGUGUGGGUGAGCCGGCACGUGGUGUGGAGCUUUUUGCUGCUGCUGCUCAUGGCCUUCACUCUCACCGCCCUCUGCCUCUGCUCUGCGGCUGCCGUGGCUAGUUACUUGGAUUAA